CUCAUUGGUUCAUCGGGGAGCCACGAGCGUGCUGCUCUCACGGCGCGUUCACUGCGCGCUCAACGCGUUCCACUCGCGCUCGACAGCUGCGACUGACGUAUUUGGACAAGAAAUGAAUGCCCUGUGAAACUUCUUCGUCUUCCGAAUGUGACGUUUGUCAGCGCCGUAGGUGUUUCCCCGCUCAUUCCUCCGGUAUAAGAGAUCCGAAAUCACGCCGGUAGAUCGGUGCGCGACCUUUUUUUGGCGACAGUACCAAGGAAAACAAGACCCAAAGCGGUUUGUUUUAAUUUCAUGACCGAAAACUGACCGUUCGCCAAGUUGGAAACGACUCCGGAUCGUGGACUGUGGGGAGAAAUGGGCACUUUACGCGAUCUCCAGUACGCGUUACAGGAGAAGAUCGAAGAACUGAGACAGAGAGACGCGCUGAUUGAUGAACUGGAGUUGGAGCUUGACCAGAAAGACGAACUCAUCCAGAAGCUUCAGAAUGAGUUAGACAAAUACCGAUCCGUUAUAAGACCGGCAACUCAACAAGUCCACAAGCAGAGUGUCCUCCAAGAGCACCAGAGGACCAAGAGGCAGGCGAUCUCAGCCGAACCUACAGCCUUUGAUAUUCAAGACCUCAAUCACGUCACCCUGCCUUUCUACCCAAAGAGCCCACAGUCUAAAGAACUAAUCAAAGAAGCCAUUCUUGACAAUGACUUCAUGAAGAACCUGGAGCUGUCUCAAAUUCAGGAGAUUGUGGACUGCAUGUACCCUGUGGAGUAUGAUAAAGAAAGUUGUAUCAUCAAAGAAGGCGAUGUGGGCUCCCUGGUCUAUGUAAUGGAAGAUGGCAAGGUGGAGGUGACAAAGGAAGGGAUGAAACUCUGCACCAUGGGACCGGGGAAGGUGUUUGGAGAGCUCGCCAUCCUCUACAACUGCACCAGAACUGCUACGGUACAGACCCUCACAAAUGUGAAGUUAUGGGCCAUCGACCGCCAGUGUUUCCAGACCAUCAUGAUGAGGACCGGACUCAUCAAGCAUGCAGAGUACAUGGAGUUUCUGAAGAGUGUUCCGACAUUCCAAGGCCUUCCAGAAGAAAUACUCAGCAAGCUAGCUGAUGUGAUGGAGGAGACUCACUACAGUGAUGGAGAGUACAUUAUCAGACAAGGUGCCAGAGGCGACACAUUCUUUAUCAUUAGCAAGGGAAAGGUAAACGUUACUCGAGAAGAUCUACCCAAUGGGACCCCUGUCUAUCUGCGGGCCUUAGGUAAAGGAGACUGGUUUGGGGAAAAAGCUCUUCAAGGAGAAGACAUCAGGACGGCUAAUGUCAUCGCCGCUGAAGCCGUCACCUGCCUUGUCAUUGACAGAGAGUCCUUCAAACAUUUGAUUGGAGGUCUGGACGAUGUCUCGAACAAAGGCUAUGAUGAUGCUGGCGCCAAAGCAAAAUACGAGGCAGAGAACGCCUUCUUCUCCAACUUGAAGCUGGUGGACUUCAACAUCAUCGACACCUUGGGAGUUGGAGGAUUUGGAAGAGUUGAGCUGGUGCAGCUCAAGAGUGAAGAGACCAAAACAUUUGCAAUGAAGAUUCUGAAGAAGCGCCACAUUGUGGACACGCGGCAACAGGAACACAUCCGUUCUGAGAAACAGAUCAUGCAGGAGGCCCAUUCAGACUUCAUUGUAAGGUUGUACAGGACUUUCAAAGACAGCAAAUAUCUGUACAUGUUGAUGGAGGCCUGUCUAGGAGGAGAACUUUGGACCAUUCUUAGAGACAGAGGAUCAUUUGAAGACUCUACUACACGGUUUUAUACGGCCUGUGUGGUUGAAGCCUUCGCUUACCUGCAUUCCAAGGGAAUAAUUUACCGUGAUUUAAAGCCAGAAAAUCUCAUUCUAGAUCACAGAGGAUAUGCCAAACUUGUGGACUUUGGCUUUGCUAAAAAGAUUGGAUUUGGGAAGAAAACAUGGACGUUCUGUGGAACGCCGGAGUAUGUAGCCCCAGAAAUCAUACUGAAUAAAGGCCAUGACAUCUCAGCAGACUACUGGUCAUUGGGAAUUCUUAUGUAUGAACUCUUGACUGGAAGCCCACCAUUCUCAGGACCAGAUCCAAUGAAGACAUAUAAUAUCAUUUUAAGAGGAAUCGACAUGAUAGAAUUUCCAAAGAAGAUCACCAAAAAUGCAGGCAAUCUAAUAAAAAAACUAUGCAGGGACAAUCCGUCUGAGAGGCUAGGAAAUUUGAAAAAUGGAGUCAAAGAUAUCCAAAAGCACAAAUGGUUUGAAGGCUUUAACUGGGAAGGCCUGCGCAAAGGAACUCUCACACCUCCAAUUAUUCCUGACGUUGCAAGCCCGACUGACACCAGUAACUUUGAUAGCUUUCCUGAGGACAAUGAGGACCCUCCCCCAGAUGACAAUUCUGGCUGGGACACUGAUUUCUAAAACUGAAACAUGUAACAUGCCCUGGAGUGUCCCGUGUGGUUCGUCAGUGAAAAGGGAGACCGGAUGACGUCUAGCCCAGCUCUGUGACACCAAGUUGCCUUCGCCCACACUUCUGUCCUGCGGUGCCACUGGAGAUGUCCUCAUCCCCCCGCCGCACCCCACGACCCUUGUAAACUGUCCUUAUAUGAAAAACUGGAUUCCAUAUUCCCAACACGGCCUCAGAUAUGGACUCGGAGCUGAUGGAGACGAUUGUUCUUGAAUGAGCCCGUCAUUUUUUCUCUUUGCUGUUUUACGUUUGACUGAUUGCACAAGCAGUGGUUUCAGGUUUUAGGUCUGGGUCUUAAAAACAGAAUCAUAAGUAGAGAAAGCACUAUGAUCUGGACUGAGCAUUGAUUAUUUUUCUAAGAUGCAUCUUAGAAAGGAAUUUAGUCUGUGGUUACUUUUGAUAGCAUGACUAGUUGUGUAUAAAUACGCCUUAUAUAGUUGGAACAGAAUUCUUUAAAAAAGGAAAAAGGUAACGGUAGAGAUUGAUGGCUUUUAAUGGAUUUAUAUGAUUAUUAUUACUUUAUACGCAUACACCUCUUAAAGGAAUGGUCCACUCAAAAAUUAAAAUUCUGUCAGAAUCAUAUUGUUCCAAACCUGUAUGAUUUUCUUUCUUCUGCGGAACACAAAAUAAUAUAUUUUGAAAAAUAUUAUUAUAUGAAUUCAGUAGGAACCGAAACUGCUGUUACCAACAUUCUUCAAAAUAUCUUCUUUUGUGUUCCACAAAAAAAAAAAAAAAAAAAAAAAGUCAUACAGGUUUGGAAUGAUGUGAGGGUGAGCAAAUGAUGACAGGUUUUGCUAUUUUAUUGUUUUAAAUUUGUUAUUUAUUCAUUAAUUUUAUUUUAAAGGCUUCUGAAUGCAUUUAGUCUGUAUUAUGGGAAACUUUAUUAUUAUUUUUUUUUUUUAAGACAAUGGAAAUCCAAUCAAAUAAUGAAUUAGAUUCAAUAUAGUUUGUGUUCCACUAGAGGGCAGGCUUUUUACUAAAAUGCACACUGUGCUUCAACAGAGGAAGGGCAGUCAAGUCGCUGCAUCCCUGAUAAAAUGUGGGUGAGAUCGGAAUUGUAUUUAUGAAGUUACAUAAUCAGCUCUAUUACUGAUACAGACAAACUUUCUGAAUAUUUUCUCCUGUGAUUUUCACCAAUCAUAUUCAUGACUCUACUUGGCUUGUUUUAAACAAUGACGAGAAGACUGUCUGUCUAUAAUAGCUUGAACACAAAGUGCUGUGCUGGAAAACCAAUUAUGUAAUCUUAUUUAUUGUAGGACCAGGGGUAAAUGUUUAUGUAUAUAUAAAUAUAUACAGUGGUAAUAUUUUUGUGCGAUUUGUAGAGAUUUAUUGUAUUGAGUAAAACCAGUCCGAUUGCCUUUAAAAAAAUAAUAAUACAUUUUCAUGUAUGCUAUUCUGGUUCUCCGUUAUCUUUACUUUACAAGGUGGAUAUUCUGUGCUCACCAUAUAUCUUUUGGCAUUAUUGAAAGUGCCUUAACACAAUGGCAUCCAUAAUUCACCCUGCUUGUUUUGAUGCUGCACGACUAGUCAGACACCUCAAGAUGUUCUUCUUAAUCAGUUGUGGCUUUUUUAAAGGUACAGAGAUUUGUAUGCCAUUUUCUUACAAUAAAAGCAUCUUUCAAAUUAA